AUGUUACCAACUAUAACUAUUAAUCAUGUUAAAGAAGCACUUGAUCAAUUUAACCGAGGUCAAAAAUAUUUGUAUAAUACUUUAACAACAAAUAUUAAAGAAAAUCAAACAAAUGAUACUUGGUUAAUUCAAUUAUUAAAUGAAUUACGGGAUAAUGUUGAUUUAUUUGAAAAUAUGAAUGAACAAUUUCUUGAUUUUCUUCAAUUACAAAUUCAUUGGAUAAAACAAUCUAAAGUUGUACUUGAUACAUUUGGAACUUUUCAAAUAACACUCAUUUCAUCAAAUACAAAACAUGCACAACGUUAUCUCAGUUUUAUUUUUACACUUUUUGCUACAUCAGAUAAUUCAACAAAUCAUCUUCCAAUACAUGAUUUUGCACAUGAAACAUUACAACAACUUGUUCUGAUUGUACCAUUAUCUUUAACACUUUUAUGUCCUACAGUUGAACAACAUUUUCCAUUUAUGACAAAAGAUAUUCAUAUUCAAGUAAUAUAUAUUAAAAAUUUACUUCGAUCAUUAUCAUAUUUAUCAAUUCAAAGAUCACGUUAUCUUGAAAUAAUUCUAUCGAAAUUAAUUCGUAUAGAUGUUCAUGCAUCACGACAAGAUAUACUUCAUGCAGAAAAAAUUAAUAUUGAAAAUGAACUUGUCUUUUCACUUGAACAACUUAAUACAAAUGAUAAUAAUGAAAUGAAACAUGAUCAUGCUGAUAAACUUGAUUGUCUUAUGUUUGUUUUAUUUGAAUAUAUAACAAAUAUAUCUAUUGAAAAUGGUGUAGUAAAUUAUCAAGAAACAAAAUUAUUAUUUAAAGAUUUAUUAAAUGUUUUCAAUAAAAUUCUUUUACCAACACAUGAUUCAUCUCAUGUACAAUUUCUUAUAUUUUAUAUUUGUAGUUUUCAUACGGAUUUUAGCGAUGAAUUUAUGAAUAAUUGUUGGAGAACAUUUAUAUCACCAUCAGUUUCAAUGACAUUUCGACAAGCAGCUAUUUCUUAUUUAUGUAGUUUAAUUGCUCGAGCAAAAUAUAUUACAACAAGAUCUGUAUUAAAUAUAACACAAUUAAUGGUUGAUUGGUUACAUGCUUAUGUUGGUACAACAGAAAAAAAUAGUGGUAAUGCUAAUCCAAAUCGUCAUUUACCAUUUUAUGCUAUCUGUCAAGCAGUUCUAUAUAUAUUUAUUUAUCGACAUCAUGAAAUAGCUCGAUUACCUGAUGGUAUUGAAAUAGUAUCAAAGUGGCGAUUAAAUCAUAUUAUUGCAUCAGAAUUAAAUCCACUUAAAUAUUGUUUACCUGCUAUUACUCUUCGAUUUGCUCAAUUAGCAAGAAAUUAUCAAAUUGUUUUUUGUUAUUCAAUUAUUGAAACAAAUAAUCGUUAUUCAUUACCAGAAUCAUUUGCAACAAAUGGUCAUUACAAUGAUAAUUUAGCAAUAAUACCAUCAAAUAUUCUUUAUUCUUAUUUUCCAUUUGAUCCAUAUGUAUUAAAACGUUCAUCUAUAUUUAUUCGACCUAUUUAUAAUGAUUAUCGAGAUGAAAAUGAUGAUAUAACUAUAACUAAGGAUUCAGAAGAUAAUCAUGAACAAAAUAUUGAUGAUUGUGAUGAUGUAUUAACAUCAAUGAUGAUGAGUACAACACCAGGUAGUUUUGAUCCAAUUGAUCAAAUGUCAUCAUUAUCAACAUCAUUUAAAAAUUCUCGUAAUCCUCCAUCAAUAUUACCAUUUGGUCGUUCACCUGGUUUUCGAAAUAUAUGA